AUGGAAGAAGAAACCAAAGUAGUUAAAAAAGUUACUGGACCAGCCAAACCUCAAAAAUUAAGAUCAAUUGAUGUUGAAUUAGCUCAAAAAUUAAAUACUGGUAGUAGCCAAACCAAAUCAUCAGCACUCUAUAAAUUAAGAUCUGUUGUAAAGAAUGAAAAAUUAACAGAAAUUCAAUUAUUAAAAAUUUGGAAAGGUUUAUUUUUAAGUUUAUAUAAUACAGAUAAACCAAUUGUCCAAGAAGAAUUUUCAAGAGAUAUUUCAAAAUUAACAACUUAUUUUAAAGAUUAUAAAGAUUCAUUAAUGUUUAUAAAAUGUUUUUUCAUUAUUUUACAAAAACAUUGGGAUUACAUAGACAAAUAUCGUGUUGAUAAAUUCUAUUCAUUGGUACGUAAAAUGUUGAAUUCAUCAUUCCAAAUUUUAAAGAAAAGAAACGCACAACAUGAAGAAGGAAGUGAGGAAGAGGAAGCAAGAUUAGCAUUGAAUGAGCAGAUUUAUAGUGGUUUAGUGAAAAUCUUUAAGAGUACCGUAUUGAAUACAUCAUCCGAUUCAACUACAAAUACAAAUGGUGUCUUACUUCAUUUCGCUGAUAUCUAUUUAGAAGAAUUAUUUAAAGUGACACAAGGUCAUAUGGAACCAAUUAAUUUGACUAAAAUUUUAUUACCAUUUGUAAACUUUUUAACAAAGAGUGAAGAUGACGUAUCUUGUAAACGUAUCAAAGAAAGAGUUUUCGAUCGUCUCUUAACAACUUAUUCACCAUUUGAUAAAAAAGAUGCUUAUUAUUUACCAAAAGUUGGUGUUUCCUCUUCAACUCCUGAAAUUUUCCCAACUGAUUAUGAAAUGUUUUCAAAAUUAUUCUUUAAAUGUGCUUCUUCAAAAGAUACAUUAGAACAAAAUAGAAAAACACUUUAUGGUUUAAAAAAUCAAUUCAAGAGAGCACAAGCAGCAUUAGAAGAAUUAGAAGAAUUAGCAGAUAAUAUAGUUUUAGAUGAAAAUGGUGAUAUCGUUGAAAAUCCAAAUGUAAAUCCAGAAGAUUUACAAGGUGAUGAUAGUGAUGAUAGUGAUGAAGAGUUUGAUGUUGAUCAAAUGGAUAGUGAGGAUAGUGGUGAAGGUGAAUUUGAUGAUGAAAUCGAUGCCGAUGAUGCUGAGGAAUUAGAUGAUGAUGAUGAUGAAGAAUUUGAUGAAGAAUUGGAUGAAGAAGAUGAGGAAGAAGAAGAGGAAGAGGAAGAGGAAGUUCCACCACCACCACCAACAAAAAAUUUAAAAUCAAAACCAUCACCAGUUACUCAAAAAAAUAAACAACAACAACAACAACCACCAGCAAAACCAGCACCAAUUACUAAAAAACAACAACAAUCACCAGCUAAACCAACUCAAGUUACUAAAAAACAACAAUCACCAGCAAAACCAACACCAGUUACUAAAAAACAACAAUCACCAGUCAAACCAACUUCACCAAAAGUUGUCAAAAAACCAACAAGAAAAUAA